AUGAUAUGUUAUGGUAUAAUCCUGCCAAUUAUACCAUUGGAGAUGGAGACACGAUAUCACAAGUCACAAUCAGUCACUGGUCUACUGUUUGCAAUGUUCUCUGCCGGUUGUCUAAUUGGUACGCCAAUAGUGGGUGUGCUGUCGGAUCGUAUUGGUCGUCGUACACCCUUCCUCAUUGGCAUGGCCAUGCUGGCCGGCUCCACGAUGCUCUUUGCCUACGGUCGUCAUCUGGCCAUCCUAUUCAUCGCCCGUUUCGUCCAGGGAUUGAGCUCGGCGGUGGCCUGGGUGGUCGGACUGGCACUGAUCGCCGACAUCUACUCGAAUGAACAGUUUGGCGUUGUAAGUGGUACGGUCAUUGGUGGCAACACAAUCGGUGCAUUGGUUGGUCCAAUCAUUGGAGGCGUCACCUAUGAACACUUUGGAUACCUUGUGCCAUUCUACAUCUCGGCCAUAUUCGUAUUGUUAGACCUAAUGACUCGUGUACUCCUGGUGGACGAUGGUUCAAUCAAACUUCACAAACAACUUAAAGAUCGCAAGGGCAAAGAGAUAACACAAUUGAUCGAUGACAAUGGUGACAUUAGACAAGACAUCCUAAAUGAUGUUGAGAUGGCUGGAGCAGACGUGGCCGACCCUCAGCGUGAUGGUGCAUCAAUCAGUUUGUCGACAGAUGAUCAUGUGGUGGUACAAGACCAAGAGGAUGAGGAGGAUGUGGACGUGGACCAAGAACAAUCACAACUCAAUCAAACGUCACAAGAAGGCGAUGAGGUACCAGUUCAAACAGAGUCUGAGCCAAUCAAUCAUGCGAUUAUAAACUCUGCUGACCAUGAAGUGUUUGACGAGAUACAUAUCAAUGGAGUGGAGGACAGUGUGGACGAGCCAAUGAACGAGAGAGAGUUCUUCAAGAUGAUUAUGAAGCGAUUGGAUGUUUGGAUGACAUUGAGCAGCAUCAUACUUUUUGCCAUUGGCAUGUCCAGUCUCGAACCACUCCUGCCCCUGCUGAUACAGAACAAGUUCCAUCGCUCAACAAGUGUCACCUCUCUACUCUUUGCCAGCUUCAUCUUCCCCUUCCUCGUGCUCUCACCACUCAGUGGCUACCUCACCGACAAGAACUAUGUCAGCCGCACCAAGAUGUCGUUUGCUGGCGCAGUGGUCACAGCGGUGGCCUUCCCCUUUAUCGACCGCGUCUCUCACCUGUCACUGCUAUUCAUCGACAUCAUUGUGAUUGGCGGUGGCCUGGCCGUGUUCUUCAAUCCAAUCAUACCGAUACUGACGUACAUUGUCGAUCCCACCGAGAAGGGCACGCACAAUGGCAAGAUACUCUCAAUGUUUUGUAUCUUUUACUCGUUUGGCAUCUUCAUUGGACCGAUCUACAGCACACUACUCGAUGAGCACGUCAGCUUCUUCUCAUUCACCAUGUCGUUCUCUGUACUGAUCUUGGUCAAUGCCAUAGUGUUCCUGAUCUACUUUUUGCGAAGGCCAACAUCCGUCUUUGAGGCCAACGCUGCACAAUCAAACUCCAACCAUCAUAUCAAGCUGCGAUCAUAA